AGGCUCUCAUCUCUGCCGGUGAUCGCAGAUCUAUCGGGGCCUUGGGUUCUUUCUUCUUCUGAUUUCGUGGCUGGCGUCUUUGAACUCGCUUAAAAUACUGUGCAGAUAGCUUAUUCUCCCAGUCCCUCAAUACUGAUAAUGCUUUGGGGGGGACAGUACGGAGAGAGUUACAAGCAAGCAGGAACCGGGGUAUGUGAUAGGGAGAUCAGCAAUGGAAAGCGAUUUGACAAUGACGGUAUCUUCUGAUGGCCUCAGCAAAGGACUUCAGAAAAUGCGAUCUCUAAAUGGGAGGACAAGUGGUCCUACAAGGCGUUCGACAAAGGGGCAGUGGACUGCAGAAGAGGAUGAAACGUUAUGUAAAGCUGUUCAGCAAUUCAAUGGCAAGAACUGGAAAAAAAUAGCGGAGUGUUUCAAGGAUCGAACUGAUGUCCAGUGCUUGCAUCGGUGGCAGAAAGUUUUGAACCCAGAGCUUGUUAAAGGUCCAUGGUCGAAAGAGGAGGAUGAAGUAAUAGUUCGUCUAGUGGAGCAAUAUGGAGCCAAAAAAUGGUCCACCAUUGCACAACACCUUCCUGGUCGCAUUGGUAAGCAGUGUCGGGAGAGGUGGCAUAAUCAUCUGAAUCCUAACAUAAACAAGGAGGCUUGGAGUCAGGAAGAGGAGUUAGCGCUGAUUAACGCCCAUCAAAUCUAUGGGAAUAAGUGGGCGGAGUUAACGAAAUUCUUGCCUGGGCGGUCAGACAAUGCUAUUAAGAAUCAUUGGAACAGUUCUGUUAAGAAGAAAUUGGACUCCUACUUGGCAUCAGGCUUGCUUGCACAGUCCCAAGGGUUGCCUCGUUUCAGCCAUACGAAUCAAUCAACUGCUUCUACUUCCUCAUGGGUGCAACAGUAUAGUGGAGAUGAUAGCAUUCCCAAAGAUAUUACAGAGACCGAGGAUGUCUCAGAUUGCAGUCAAGGUUCAACUUUUGGGGGAUGUUCAAAAGCCACUAUGGCAAAUGCAAUUGCUGGAUAUGCUCAAAAUGAAAGCCAAUCAGCUGAAAAUUCUAAUCAAGAUCUUGGCUCUUAUCCAAGUUCAGGUUUGCCUUGCGAAUUGUCUGAUUCUUCCAAGAUGGUCGAACAAUGUUUCUCACAUGAUUGGGUAACUUCAGAUAAAGAUUGGCAGAUUUCUUCCAACGAGUUACAAAAGAUCCCUUCACUAGAUUUGAGUGAGGACUCAGAAUUCAUAAACUGUAUAGAUGUUGAUCAGAACCAUGAAGUGGCACCCUAUCCAACUCAAAGUUCUGUCAAUUUUGGCGCUUCUACUUCAAUUGGCAACCUGGUUGUUGCUUCUGAUGUGGCAGAGCAUAUGUUGAUGUCUGAAGAUGACUGUUCCAGGGUGAUAUACCCACCUGAUGGAUCUACCUUGUCCUAUGCCUCUGAAAAUUUGUACAAGUGUCCAAAUAGCAACGAAGAUGGAUCUGCAGACUCGUUAAUUUAUCAGCCAUCAAACGGUGAAGUUCCUAAUGAUAGUAAUAUAAAUUCACAAUCAUAUUAUUCAGAUUUGCUGGGAACUCCAUGUUAUCAGUCUAUAUGCAUGCCUUUACAACCACCAUCUGGUCAAGGUACAAAUAACUUCAAUAGUGAAUCCAAUCAGUUUAAUGGUCCUUCAAUCAACAAUCAAGAACUCCCUGUGCACGCCCAUAAUGGACUUCCUUACGCGAAUGAUUCUAGCAAUACUGAUUUUUGCAAUAGUCAAGAUAUUGUGGGGUCACAAAAUCAUAGAGAUCAAGUUAACGAUUCUUUGGAGGUAGUACCUACAGAUGCGUUUAGUUUAGCACAACUCCAAAGUGAUCCGUCAGUUGAUCAAGUUCAUGUUUCAGAAACCGAGCAGCACGAUACAGGAGUUUUAUCUUAUGAUCCUCCUCGAUUCCCAAGCUUGGACAUCCCAUUCUUUAGCUGUGAUCUAGUACAAUAUGGUGGUGAAAUGCAGCAUGAAUAUAGUCCUCUUGGUAUUCGGAAGCUGAUGAUGUCAUCUGGGAACUGUUUUAGUCCAUACAGAUUGUGGGACUCACCUUCACGAGCAGACAGCCCAGAGGCUGUGCUGAAAAGUGCUGCCAAGACUUUCACAGGCACACCAUCUAUAUUAAAGAAGAGAAAUCGUGAUUUGUGUUCACCUUUGUCUGAGAAAAGAUGUGAAAAGAAGUUAGAGCGCACCUCUUUCUCCAACUUGGCUAGAGACUUCUCUAGGUUGGAGGUUAUGUUUGAUGACAGUAAGAGCCAAGAGUCACCAUCAUUUAGUCACAAGGAGGAUUAUGGACCAUUUGUUGAAGAUAAAGAAAAUGUGAUACCUGCUACUGAAGGGAGGGAAAAGGACGGUGGAAACAGCACAAUAACGAAAUCUUGUCAGGUGCAACAGUCAUCUGGAGUUCUUACGGAACGGAACUUGGAUAAUCUGUCAUUCUUUUCUCCUGAUAAAUUUACCACCAAAGCAGAUACACCCAAGGGUCCAAAUGCUAAAAUAUCUGGAAAAACAAGCUCCAGUAGUUCAGAAGUUGUGCCAGAUCAUGUUACUGCCAUGGCAUCUUCUUGUGAUAAUCCGUGUCAAUCCCUUGUCAGCCCUCAUACUGUUUCCGGGAAGAAGGCUGGAAGUUGCCUUGUUGCAUCCAUGCACUCUGCUCCUAAUACUGUUGAAAAAUCUGGGAAUGAUGCUUCAGUCGAAACCUUUGGCUUAUUUGGUGAAACUCCCUUCAAGAGAAGCUUUGAUUCUCCUUCUGCAUGGAAAUCCCCUUGGUUCUCAUUUCUGCCUGGCCCACGGGUUGAUACAGAUAUAACAAUUGAGGAUAUUGGUUACUUUGUGAGCCCAAGGGAAAGAAGCUAUGAUGCUCUUGGGUUAAUGAAACAGUUAAGUGAGCAUACUGCUCCUGCAUAUGCAAAUGCUCAGGAGGUCUUGGGAGAUGAAACUCCUGAUUCCAUACUUAAGAAGAGAUAUGAAGAGAAGGGGGAAAGGAGUCGGCAAGAAUCAAAUCUCUUGACAGAGAGAAGGGUGCUGGAUUUCAGUGAAUGUGGAAGUCCCAGCAAAGGAACGGAGGGUGCAAGUUUCUCGAGUCCGUCUUCCUAUCUGUUGAAGGGUUGCAGGUAACUUGUAGUAUGCAACAUAUAACAAGUUUAUACAUGUGUAGCCUCCCAGGGCUAUUAUAGUCAAUCCUAGUA